CCUCGCUGUGUUUCCUCUCAGUGUUUUUGUGGCUCCGCAGUUUCAGCAGCAGCAGCAGCGUCCUGACCUCCCUGAAGAAGUUUCAACUGUCGACGUUUAAAGACCUCCGAACAACCAGCAACUGGAUUACAGCUGUUGAAACGGAGUGAAUCCGGCUGAAGGGGUUCACACUGCGAACCAACACGAACUGGUUCGGCUUCACUUCAGGAGCUAUUCGAGGAACUUUACCAAAGAGAAAUAAAACAACAACAAAAAAACGUUGGAAACUGGAGGUAGAGUGGAUUAAUGAGGAUAACAGAAGUGGAACUAUGAGUAAACUUGUUGAUGUUGAGACGAGCUUAAAGUGACCCCAGAACUUGUAACAGGAUUUAGUCUUUCUUCAUGACGUCCGGAGAGACCGAAGAAACAUGUGGAGGACAAAUGAAGUCCGAGCGGGGAACUGGGGGAGGAAGAGGAGGAGGAAGAGAAGGGAACAUGAAGUUAUCUUGGUCUUUCACCACCCUCAGCACUAUCGCUGUCCAGGCCGGCCAGUCGCAGAUUGUCGUCUCCGUUCUCGAGAGCGGGUCUGUGGUCCACCUCCAGCUGGUCCAGGUCCAUCCAGGCCUCUGUGAGAUCGGAUCGAACCACGAAGAAAACCGGACACUGGUCCAGGAACAGCAGCAGCUGAUGGAGAAACUCAAGAAACAUGAGAAGGAAGUGCUGUCUGUGGUGGAAAAGAGCCGACAGACAGAGCUGAGGAGGAGGAGGGAUGAAGGGAUGAUGGUGGAGCAGAAGAGGAACAAGAAACAGGAGGAAGAGGAGGAAGUGUACAAGGCCAUGGCAGCAUCUCUGAAGGAGGGAUGGUUGUUGCUUCUCCGCCUGCUCGAGAAACGACAGGAAGUCCUGAUGCUGGCUUCAGACUUUUACCGCCGAGCACUGGAGUUUGCUGUCAGUAUCGACGGAGUUGAGGAUCUACGGAUCAGACCAGACAGGCUGACUGAAGGGCAGCUCACAUACGACUCUAUGAGGAGAGAUCUUCUGGGGAAAUCCCUGCAGGUUUUAACCAGCAGCAACGUUUUUCUACAGAAACUGAGGCAGCUGCAGAAGAUCGAGGCCCUCCAGAGGAGAGGAGGAGUACUGCAGGACAACGAGGAGGAGGAGGAGGUGGAGGAGAGUUCCCGGGGCAGCAGGGGGAUGGCGUUGAGGCUGGAGGAGCUGCUGGAGACGCUGCAGGAUCGGAGGAGGAGGGCGGACCAGGCCGUCAGGCUGCAGCUCCAGCAGGCGGAGAACGGCAUCAUGGUCCGCGAGAAAGAACAGGAGUCCACACAGAGCGGUUCUGAAGACUGGAGUCUCACAGUUGACAAGAUCCCAGACCUGCAGUUUGGAUCCACAUCAGCAGAGAGCACAGACCGUUUCUGUCCUCUUCUGUUCUGGAAUCUGGUUGGUCUGUCUCUCCUGCUGAUGUGGACAAACGCAGUCGGGAUCUUGUCACUUGAGACUGCAAGAUCAGACCUAGAACCUUCAGAUGUGAAGACCGGGUCGGAGGAGGAGACUAAAGAUCUGCAAUCUGGAUCCAAAUCAGAUUUGCAGCCUGGUUUCGGAUUAGAGUUUAAGCCUCGAGCUAGAGCAGAAGAGACCAGAAACCUGCAGUCUGGAUUCAAAUUAAACCUGAACCCUGAGUCCAGAUCAGACCUCAAGUCAGAUUCUAAAUCAGAGGGGACCAGAGAUCUUCAGCCUGGAUCAGGGUCAAAUCUAAAACAUUCAGAUGUGAAGCCUGGAUCUAGAGUAGACAAGACCAGAAACCUGCAGUCUGGGUCCACAUCAGCAGAGACAGACAUGAAGCCAGAUUUCAGAACAAAAGAGACCAGAGACCUGCAGCCUGGAUCCAGGUCAGAUGUAAAGCCUACAUCUAAACCAGUGGAGACCAGAAACUUGCCAUCCGGAUUAAAGUUAAACCUGAAGCCUGAAUCCAGAUUAGACCUUGAGUCAGAUUCUAAAUCAGAAGAGAUCAGAAACCUUCAGCCUGGAUCCAGAUUAGACCACAUGCCUGGAUCUGGAUUAAAUGUAAAGCCUGAAUCUAGAUCAGAGCCAAGCAGAGAGCUGGUCAUUGGAUCCAGAUUAGAAGAGACCAGAAACCUGCAGUCUCGAUUCAAAUUUAACGUGAAGCCUGAGUCCAGAUCAGAGAAGACUAGAGAUCUGCUGCCUGGAUCCAGAUCAGAUGUAAAACCCGAAGCUAGACCAGAGCAAACCAGUGACACAGAGCCUGGUUCUAGAUCAGACCUAGAACCUUCAGAUGUGAAUCCUGGGUCCAGAUCAGAGCAGACUAGAGAUCUGCAGCCUAGAUCAGGUUCAGAUCUAAAACCUUCAGAUGUGAAUCCUGGAUCUAGAGUAGAUAAGACCAGAAUCCUGCAGUCUGGAUCCACAUCAGCGGAGAUGGACAUGAAGCCAGAAUCCAGAAAAAAAGAGACCAGAGACAUGCAGUCUAGAUCCAGGUCAGAUGUAAAGCCUGGAUCUAGACCAGAGGAGACCAGAAACCUACAGUCUAGGUUCAAAUUAAACCUGAAGCCUGAGUCCAGAUCAGAACAGCCAACUGGAUCUGGAUUAGAUGUAAAGCCUGAAACUAGAUCAGAGCAAACCAGAGACAUGGCCGAUGGAUCCAGAUCAGAGGAGACUAGACAUCUGCAGCCUGGAUCUAGAUUAGAGCUAAAGCCUGGAUCUAGACUAGAUGAGACAAGAGACCUGAGUUCUGGAUCCACAUCAGAGAGUGCAGACCUGAAGUCAGAUUCUAGAAUAAAAGAGACCAGAGACCUCCAGCCUGGAUCCAGGUCAGAUUUAAAACCCGGGUCCAGAUCAGAGGAGACUACAGAUCUGCAACCUGGUUUCAGAUUAGAGUUUAAGGCUGGAUCCAGAUUAGAGGAGACCAGAAACCUGCAAUCUGGAUUCAAAUCAAACCUAACGCCAGAUUCCAGUUCAAAAGAGAUCAGAGACCUGCAGCCUGGAUCCAGAUUAGACCAGACGCCAGGAUCUGGAUUAGAUGUAAAGCCUGAAUCUAGAUCAGAGCCAACCAGAGACAUGGCCCAUGGAUCCAGAGCAGAGGAGACCAGAAACCUGCAGGCUGGAUUCAAAUUAAACCUGAAGCCUGAGUCCAGAUCAGACCUCAAGUCAGAUUCAAAAUCAGAAGAGACCAGAGACUUUCAGCCUGGAUCCAGGUCAGAUCUAAAACCUUUAGAUGUGAAGCCUGGAUCUAGAGAAGAUGAGACCAGAAACCUGCAGUCUGGAUUCAAAUUAAACCUAACGCCAGAUUCCAGAUCAGAACUAGAACUUUUAGAUGUAAAGCCCGGGUCCAGAUCAGACCUUCAGCCUGGAUCGAGAUCAAAUGAGCAGCCAGGAUCUGGAUUAGAUGUAAAGCCUAAAUCUAGAUCAGAGCCAACCACAGAUGCGGCCCCUGGAUCCAGAUCAAAGGAGAUCAGAAACUUCGAGUCAGGAUCCAGAUCAGAUGCAAAGCCUGGAUCCAGAUCAGAGACCAGAAAGCUGCAACUUGAAUCAACUCUAGAUGUGCAGAGCGUGCUGGGAAACGAGACUGAAACUGACCACGCCCACCAAGCCCUCCUGACCAAUCAGAGGCAACAGCUGCUGUCGUCAUGCCAACACCUCGUAGACAAGCUGGAUCAGAUCAGAGGUCUGCACCCAGAACCCAGCAGACAGCUGUCUCCUCUGAAGGCCCUGACAGAGCAGCUGAAGAGGGGCAGCUCGGGAAGAACCGGCCCUGCUUCGCCCGGUCCGCCUGCCGCCGACCCAGCUGGUUCACUGAGUCCGGAGCUCGCUGAUCGAGUUGAUCUGGUCUUGAAGGAGCUGCAGAGUCUGAACCGGAAGAUCGACUCAAACCUGCAGCUUCUGCGACCAUACGUCACUUUCCUCCGGACGGCACAGCAGGGGUGGGAGCGGGAGGUGAUGGAAGAUGUAAGAGGAUCAUUACAAAAUCGCCAGAGGAAGAGGGAGAAGCAGAAGGAGGGGAAGCUGCGUAGGGACACCACCGCUCAAGAAGGCCAGGACGGGACGGCUGCGGCAGGCGAAACUCUGACAGAGGUGUCGGGAGCAGGGUUAAACCGGCAGUCUGUGGUGUCUGUGGUGCAGCAGACGAUGGAGCGACUCAGCACAACCAAACAGGAAGUGAACGAGCUGCAGGGUCAGCAGCAAAUCCAGAUCCAGCAGCAGCAGGAGUACUGCAGGAAAUCCCAGGAGAGACUGCUCAAGACCCUGCAGGACUUGAAUUGUGUCUCUGAGCUGCUGGACUCCUGCACUCUGAUGGAUCUGGGUUCGGACCUACAGACCUCCAGGCUCCUGGAGCACUUCAGCCAGGCCAGACCACAUUUUAGUCAACUAGACACUGAGGUGGAGCACUUGGAGAAGAGCUGGGAGACUCUGAGAGGAGUCCAGGACAGACUGGAGGUGGAGGAGUUGAAGGGAAGACCAGUGACGGAGGAGGAUCUGGCAGAGCUGCUGAAGCUCCAGAAGAGGGUGAAGAACAAGAUCCAACAAAGCGAAUCGAUCCUGGACCUGAGCAGCAGCUUCCACCUCACAUCCAAACAGCUGGAGGCGCUGCUCCAGUCGGACCUCACAAGCCCUUCGACUGGUUCAACUGGUUCGACUGGUUUAUGUGGAUCCAGUGAGGCUGAGCUGAGUCGGCACAGAGAGGAACAGCAGAUGAUCCAGAGUCUGUUUAAAACGGCUGCAACACUGAAGACCGACAUCUGCACCGCCGUCAGCCACAGUGGUUGGACGUGUUUCAGAGUGGAGCAGCUGGAGGCUCGUCUCGUCUCUCUGGACUCUCUCUGCGUCUCGUGGCUGAAUGAAGCAGCUCGACGUGAGGAGAAGCUCCGCAGAGAGCAGCUCACCUGUCGACUCAACGGUGACAUCAACCAGGUUUGUGUCCACACUGCGUCGACUUCUGAGUCACCUGAAGGGAAUAUACAUUUACUUCUGGAAGAUGAUGAGGUUUUUUCUUUCGAAAACAUGACUCGUUGCUGUGGACUGGUUCUAUUUGUGUUCGUUGGUGGAUUGGUAUUCUCACCGCAGACAUUCAGGCUCCGUGACUCUUUUAAGGAGCUGAAGAAACGCUUCAGCAACCUGAAGUUUAACUACCUGAAGAGAAAUGACAGGACCAGGAACACGAAGGCCGUCAGGAACCAGCUGCAGCAGGUGGAGCUGUAUGAGGAGAAGCUGCAGGCACUCAGGAAACGUCUGCAGGGUGUGACGGGCCGGCUGGGGUCGGAGGUCAAGGACGGGGGCAUGGCCCGGGAGGCAGAGGACGCCAUCAACGAGCUGCAGAGGCAGAUGGGAGAUUUCGAGCGAAGUGUCAGCGACCACCAGAAAACACUGGAGAUGACCCGCAGACUGCAGCAGGCCAUGGAGGAGUAUCAGUUCUGGUGCGAAGAGGCGAGUGCGACCAUCGCUCGCGUCGGGAAGUUUUCCUCUGAGUGUCGCAGCACAGAGGCCGUCUCUGUUCUCUACCGACAGUUUGAGAAGUUCGUCUGGCCGACGGUUCCUCAGCAGGAGGAGAGGAUCAGUCAGAUUGCUGAGCUGGCUGUCAGACUGCACGGGGUGGAGGAGGGGCAGCGGUACAUUGAAAAGACGGUCAGUAAACACUCAGAGAUGGUGGAGUCCAUCAGAGAGCUGAGUGACGGACUACUGAAGUUAGAGGCCAAACUGAAGAUGGAGAAUCUGAAAAAGCAGCAGAACGACAGAGAGAAGGAGGUCAAGGAAGAGGAAGAGACGGAGCGAGGGAGAGAGAAUGAGACAGAAGAGAAAGACAAAGACAAUGAGAAGAAGUUGAAGGAAAACAGAAAGUUGAAAAAGAAGGAACAGACAGAUAACCGCAGCAGUCAGGAGGCGGCUGACAUGUACGAGCUGAAGGAGACAGGCCACACCCCGGAACUGACCGCCGAGCAUGAUGGGAAGGAGGUCCCAGUGAAGAGGCAGACAGCAGCCAAUAGGAAGCCUCCGUUACAGAAGAGCCGCAGUCAGGACGCAGACAGACAGACGGUCGUCUCAGAGAGCAGCCACAGACAGUUGUACAGCUCCACUCACACCGUCAGCCUCUCCUGCUCCCCGGUGGAGGCCAACCGACGGAUCCGCGCCAUACACAGCCAAAUCCAACCCGCCGCCACUGAGCCUCAGGCCACGCCCCCUCCCUCUUCUGUGAUUGGCCCAUUGUUCUCUGACAUUCAGAAGGAGUUUCAGAGGAAGGAGACGCGAGACAUCUGUGGUUUAAACAUGACGCCGCCUCAGGAUGCAUCAGCAGGAGGUCUGUCGGAGGCGGAGCUCCAGGAACAGGAAGUGUUGACUGAGGAUUCUCUCUCCAACGAUGAAUACGACUGUGCGUCACCUGACGACAUUUCCCUGCCGCCGCUGGCAGAGACACCAGAGUCCAACAUGAUGCAGUCAGACGUUGAGGAGAGCUUCUGUUUCAGUUCCCACAGCGUCCACAUCAACCAGUACAGCCACCAGUGCCGUGCCCAGUCAGACCACAGUGGGACUAGUACUGGUGCAGUCCGACAGCAGAGAGAGUCCAGACAAACAGAGAGUUGUCCAACUCCUCCCACCAGCCUUCACAGCAGCACCAGGUUCAGGUCAGAUUCCAGUUCAUUUGUCCAGAGUCCGUUGACAGUUCCUGCUCCAAGCCUGCUCACCACCACUCUGUGCAGCAUCCUAAAAACUGCAGAGACCAACACUACCAACAUCCCCCAGAGUGUUGACCUCUCCCUGGGUGGCUCUGAACUGAGCUUCCCAACUGGAUCUAACCCAGCCUGCAAGAACAUCACUCCAGAUAGUUCUUCCAACAAGGAGAUUGAUGUCCCUGAGAAAAUGAGUCCGUCCACUCAGUAUAACCAGCCUCAGAAGACAGGCAACCAGAGUAAGAUCACCCAAAAGGUUGCAUCCAAUGGUGAGACCUUGCCUCAGACAGAUCCCACUCCCCAGUCUGCAGAGCUCAAUCACAACCCCUCCUUACCCCAGUUCAGCUAUUCUCCUCAGCCCUCAGGUCCAGAGCAGGAUCUCCACAAGAACAAGACCCCUCUACAGGACACCAUGUUCCCUGACUCUGAGAUUGGACUCCACCAGGACAUCAAUUGCUCCCAGACUAGGAAGGAAACGCCCCGAGUCUCCAAACCUCAAACAACCAGUCUCACCAACACUAGCACCAGUACAAUUACCCAGCAGACCAUUUACCUCCAGUCCUCCCCUUCAAACAGUCAUUGUAUCUUGACACAGGCUAGUAGCAGCAGUUCACCCCAAGAAAGCCCUUUAUCCCAGAGUGAAACCCUACCAAAGAUUGAUCCAGCCCCCCAGGCUCAGAGCUCCUGCCUCACAGAGUCUGUUCUCCACAAAGACAGAACCCAAGACACUGGGUUCCUCAAAUCAUGUGCAACUUGUUCACAAACCAGCACAGCCACCUCUCAAGAGAACAAUCUUCCACAGGCUUACCCGGAUUCCAGGAGUGGCCUUGAUCAGGAUGUACCUUCCUCCCAAACCUGCCAAGAAACACCAUCCAGGCCCCAAAGCAGCAACCUAACCACAGCUACUACUCCAAAGAACAUUUACUGUCAGUCCUCCCCUCCAAACAGUUACUACAACGUGCCACAGGCGAGCAGCAAUCUCAGGUCACAGCAAGGAAUCCCCUUCUCCCAGGGUAAUGGAGGUCUACCUGAGGUCCAUGCCCCCAUUCUUCCAGACAGCUUCAGCAACAUCAGUUUAUCCAGCAGUACCAUCAGUAAUAGAUUGAGCAACAAGCAGAGCCACCAGACAGUCUACUCCCAUCACGAGUCCUCGACCUCCACCUGUACCCAGAAGUGUGUGCAUGACCCUGAAUCCCAAGCUUUGGCUCAGCAGGCUAAUCUGCAUGUCACCCCCCUUUCCUCUCCACUUCAUCUACUAACUCCAGACCAAGACCCAAACAUUUGUCAGCCCGUGGCCAUCCGCGAGGAGAUCAGGCUUACUCCUCAGAUCCAAGGGCCUCCCCUUCCUGCUCCUCCUCCUCCUCCCCAGGCCCAGGCAGAGUCUCUUCCCCAGGGAAAAGCCUCUAAACCUGGCCCUCCCUGCUUCACCAGACCCCUGUCUAGAGCUACCGUUAUGGAGGGCUCUCCAGUGACGCUAGAGGUGGAGGUGACGGGACACGCAGAGCCCACGCUCACCUGGUUUAAAGAUGGAGAGGUGUCAGCCACCGGCCCAGGCCGAGGGCUGACCUGCGCGCACAGGGAACACUUCCUGUAUGCAUCGGACUCUGAUGGCGGGUUCCACGAGGCCCUGGCUGCCAACCAUCAGGAUGAGCGGCGGGCAGAAGAUAACGGCGGCGGAGAUAAGUGGCUGGUGGCCGAAGUGUUUGACAUCAUCAGUGCGGACUGGCAGACCUGGUUUGGUACACUGUGUGUUCUGCUGUGGCUGCUCUACCUGAUAGUACUCUGAUUACUCUUUUUCCACUACAGGAACUUAACCUGUAACCUUCGUUUAGGAUAUAAAUCUUUAAACGCACUAAAGUGGUUAUGAAAUCAGUUUAAUACUGAUGUCUCUGUAUGAACCACAUAAACAAAACCAUCAGACAGAAGAUAUUUAUAGUUAUUCUUAAUGUCUGACACCGGGUCGGAUUUCCCUUAAAAUCAAUGAAACUAGGAGGUAGACACUACCACUGUUGUCCACAGGGGGCGCCAUCAUAACAUAAUGGCAGUUCCUUGUAGGGGCUUUAAAAAGGCAACACAUAGACAAAUUUUGUCUAUUUUUGUCACUGUUUGGUAGUAGAGCAGUUUCAGUCUGACAGAAAGGAUCAGACAGUGAAGGAGAGCGACUCCAGACCCGUUCCCUCCAGAACCGUUCCCUCCAGACCAGUUCCCUCCAGACCAGUUCCUCCAG